AUGCCAACAACAUUAUCAGAGGCGUUCCACAUUCGCAAACUACCUCGAACCGCCGUGAGACGCCAACUCCAGCGGACUCCACGUGUGGCGAGUAAUUCCGACGGAGACUCUAUAAAAACACAAGCUAAAAUGCAACAAGCCCAAGGCGAGAACGUGUCGCGUAGGCUCUUAGGUAUAUCAUCAGCUUCUUCUCUCGUGUACAUGGGAGUAGCUCCAGCGAAAGCUAUCAUGGGCAUGACAGCUGGACGAGUCCCUGGAUUUUCAAAAGUGGAUGACGAAGGCUUUCGAGUUUAUUCAAGGCCAGAGGAAAAAAGUGGAGGGCAUGGUGUAGGUUGGAGUGAAAUUACACCCUACUCCUUUCGAGCAAUUGAAUCGUGGAGAGAGGCACCGGUGAGCAUCGCAGAUCCAGCAGGAACUGAAAUAGACGCCAAGUUCGUCAGUGAAAGUGACGGCGUACUGAAAAUAAUUCUCGCACCCAUCGCACGUUUUUCAAAUAAGGUAGAAACAGACGUCAUAGACUUGAAAGAACUCGUUUCAUUGGAAAAUUUCAUCAAAGGGUUCGCCCCUGAGCUCGUAGGUAGACCAGUUCAAGAGGAUGAGAUCGUUAGUAGCUCGGAGUUCGAUAUGAACGGGAUAACUUACUAUAAUUACGAACUUGCAGAUCACAGUUUGGUAUCAGCAACUGCUCGGAACAAACGAGUGUACAUAUGUUUGGUGACUUGCAAUUCUUUACAGUGGCGCAAAAGUAAGGAUCGCAACCUUGCUCUGCUGCACUCUUUUGCCGUGAGAGUUGAUAAUUGA